CAUGUUCAGGCGCGGCUCAUUGUCAGCCCAUGGAUUCGGUUCAUCCUGGAGCCGUUACGAUGCACAAAGUUAUGAGCGAAAGAGUGAGUACGGGAUGAUUCAGAACUACAAGGUCCUUCAGGACGUGUUUGAGAAACUUAAGCUCACUAAGCCCAUUGAAGUGAGCAAACUCGUUAAGGGUAGGCCACUAGAUAACUUGGAGUUCAUGCAAUGGAUGAAGAAGUACUGCGAUUCUGUUACUGGUGGCCAGCCUCUCAAAUUCUGAAGAGAUUGCUUUAUCUCUUACUUCAUGGUCGGAUUGAGAGACGAUUUCAGCUUGUUGAUGUAUGCUCAACUUCUUCAUGUGCCUAUUGGUGAACGAAGGACUGAAAAGAGAGAUGGCAAAAAGCGCAAUUGGAAAAGAGAGAUGGCAAAAAGCUGUGGAGGAUCUGCAGAAAGCGCAAUUGGAAAAGCUGGAGAAGCUUAGUGACAUUCAGUGCACUCCAAAAUCUCAGCUGAAGUUCAUCACAGAGGCGUGGCUUCAGGAUUUUUACUGGAGCACUUUGACUCUCAUCUCUGCACGUGAUCAUGAUGCUCGCUGCAGGUCACUUCAAAAUCCGUAACGCUUUGCCAAAACCCAUCUGGACUUACCCGUUAGCUUACAUCUCAUUCCACACUUACUCCAUUGAGGGUCUUUUGGAGUACGAGUAUCUGGGGGAAGCGUUUGCGGUUGGAGAAGUGAGAUGCGUCCACCAAUGAUGUUAGGCGGCCGCUUGUUUGGAAGAUCAUCUCUUCAAUCUGUUGGUCUCCAAAGACAGAGGGAAGGAGCUGCUGCAAAUGCCCAACCAAGUGAACAAAGGGAAGAAUUUGUACCUGUUGAACGAGAUUCUCGAGUGCUUCAUCCAUCUAGAAAGAAUGGAGCUAAAUGGUUCAAGAACAACACUGAAAUAUCAACACGUGUAAGGAAAAUCAUUGAAGGAUGUUUUAAAGGACCAUGGUACAGCUGGAGAAAAGUACCCCAAUUUUACAAGGAUGCUUGGUAUUCAACGUUUAAGACUAAGUAUGAGUGGAAUGUCUCCAUCGAAGAUCUAGUGAAAGCUAACUUUGAUGAACUAGCUGCCACUCGCCUCAAAGGAAUGGUGAGCCUUGCAAAAUCCAGAGGAGUGAAACCUGAUUGGAUUCUUUCAGAACAUUGGAGAGUAAUGUCAGAUUACUGGAAGACACCAAAAGCCAAAGAAAAAAGUGAGAAAGCUCGUCUGGCUCGUAUGUUUAACCGUGAUGGUUUAGGUCCACACAGCCACAGAUCAGGCUCACGUUCCUAUGCUAAAGUUCAAGAUAAUCUGGUGGCAAACAACGAAGACUCUUCCUUCAUUGCUGUGAUGAAGAAAACCCACCAGAAAUCUGAUGGAACAUAUGUUGAUGAAAGGGCACGCUUAGUUGCAGAAAAAUAUGAUGCAUAUGUUCAAGAAAGAUUGUCACUGGUUGAGCCUUCUAGUGGAGAGGUUUUGACAGAUCCUCUUACUGUCGAGGAAAGAAAUGAAAUCUAUGUGAAGGUUGCUGGAAUAUCAAAACAAGGUCGGGUAUUUGGACUUGGAUCACUUCAAUGUGGAGUUUAUAUGCCACUAGAUGGUUCUACAGUUUCACCACAAGCUGUUGAAGAUGAUGGUACUUUAACUCACCGAGUCAAAGAGCUGGAGUCAGACCUGCAAAAGAGUAAUGAAGAAAAGGUUCAGUUUCAGAACAGGAUUGAAGCAAUGGAGAAAAUUUUGAUGUCUGCUUUUGGUGAAAAUGUGUUGACUCCAACAGAUACUACCACACCCGUAUGAAGUUGUUUCUCAGUUUGGUUUUUUAGCUUGGUGUUUUUAGUUUGGUUUUCAUUUUUUUUUCGUUAAUUUACUAAGCAGAUUCAGUUUACUUAUAAACGAACUGUUGUUUUAUGCUUCCAUUUAAUAUUUAAAUUUAAAUAAAAUCCAAGCAGUUCUAUGAGAAA